AGGAGGGUGGGGGAUGUGGUCAGUUGGCCGCCGACAGUCAGGGAGAGUAGACGUGCCGCGCUCACCUCCGCCUCCACAACAGGCACCAGGUAGCCAGUACGCCACCGUUCAGGGACAGUUGUAAAGGACCCAGGUUGCCAGACAGCCCACAAAACGAGUGAAUAAUGCAGAGCGCUUAUGGUAAUAAAAUAGUUCUGUUUGGCCAGUGAAGAACAUUACAGAAUUGUGUAUUUGCCAAGGAAAUGAAGAAAGAUAUGACCAUGAAAAAACUAGAGAACCAAGUGGGGGGUCCCCAGGAGUUGAGAGAGACAGUGGACGACAACAAUAACGACAGUGAGGAGAGGCAGCGACAGGGCAGCAAGAUGGCAGGGGGCUGCGGCGGGAAAUACCUGUUACGUCCCCGCUCCGUCCGCUCUAGACGUAGCUGUGACAGUGAUUGGACCAUCCAGGACACGCGGAGGCAGAAGUCACGCCCUGCGCCACUGUCCAAGUACCGCAGGAAGACCGCCAACACUCGAGAGAGAUUCCGCAUGCGACAGAUCAACACAGCCUUCGAUAAGCUACGGAAGAUGUUGCCAUCGUGGGAACGUGACCGGAGCUCCAGCUCGGAGAUGACCAAGAUCACCACGCUGAAGCACGCGUGCGCCUACAUCAGCUCUCUACAAGACGUCCUGAACAACACCGUCAGCCAACAUUAUCGAGAGGGCAGCUCCACCCAGGACACCUGCCCGUGGGUCCUCUCCAGCAUCCUGGAAGACGCCUCAAGGCUCCAGGACUCCCAGAUGGACACCUACCACAGAAUGUCCAAUAAAUCUCCUACUAUGGACGUAGAUGUCGCCCCAGAGACAGAUCUCAUGUCGCUUCUGUGUGACUCCUCAGAUUCUGGAGUGUUUGAAGACAACCUGGAGUCGUUCUCGUACCUGUCACCGAUGUGUGAGGCUGACGAAGUGGCUCUGCUGCUCCUGGGUGCUGAACCCACGACCUACUGGCACGAUCAGUCCCACACACAGUUUGCCGUGUGCUGAUAAAAGCUAUAAACGUUAAAGUGAUAGUAUCGGACACAAACACUUAUGACGCAGGCUGAGUAAGAUGUAACACGCAUACUCUAAUGGAUGAUUAUCAUGCUUGUUAUACUCCCUAUUGUUGCCUCGUCUCAUUGAAUGAAUUUAAAUUCGCCGUGAAGAAUAUGUCAUGGUGACUCAAUGACGGGGAAAAUGGUAAUCUAAUUCCCGACGCCAACUACUGACAGAAACAAUGAGCCUCUCUCACCCACAGUUAAGGCUCAUGUGAUACGAGCGUCAGUGUAAGCUUAAGUGCUAUUACUCCACAUGACACGGAUAAACAAAGUCAUUAGUGUGUGGACAAGGAGAGAUAAGGCUCACUGGUGCGUGGCGGGGCUGGGAGAUGAGCCGUGUAGGUGCGUGGCGGGAAGAGAAUGACAAAUCCCGGUGAUCAUGGAUUAGAAUUACAAACAUGGAUAUCCUGUCAUUUAUUGGUCGGUGUCAUGCACAUUAUCCUGUAAUUGUAAUAGUUAAUCUACUAUUAAGGUUUUACUACUUAUUGUUGGACUAAAAUCACUGUUGCCAUGUUCACUGGAGGAAUGAUACUCACGGGUAACACAAAAUACUAGAGAUGGGGGAAGGGUUCAAUUAUUAACACCCUACUAGAAACAUUGCUGACACAUGUAACAGUGACUUUAGACCACAUAAACAUCGCCAACUGGGAGGAGCGAGGCGCCACAGUGUUCAUCAUGUCUCACCGGCGCUAAACAUUCUAGUCAAAGGGACUGUGCCAUAACUUGGACCCGUGUCAUACACUCACUAACAAACUCACGUUGGUGUUGUGUGAUGGAACUGUAGGUUAGCGAUAGUUACUGACUUGUGGGGGUAGUAUACUGCUAACAUCGUUGUAUGGAUUGUUUCUACAGCUUUAUUUAACCUGUUUCUCUACUAUUUUCAUGACUGUUGUUUCUUAUUGCUGAAUAAAAGUCACUAAGUA